GAAAAGCCUCCACUCCACUGAACCUGAGCGCACCGACGAAGAGUGGAGAGGUUGGGAAUCGAAAGCCACGCUAUGAUUAAAGGCCGCAAAAAAAGCCCGCAGCAACGGCAUUUGAAUAUACACGAGAGGCCGAGGCAGCGAACCGCGCAGAUCACUUGGUUGACUUUGGCAAGCCCCAUUCACAUUCCGGCAACCGGGCGGCUCGCCAGUGGGUUCAAAUUUGACCGAGAGUCUUUCCCGAAAAGCUGCCAUUCAGCACGCAGUUCCAAUAGGCAAAGGAGGAAUCUUUAGCGGUGGACAUGAGUGUGCUUAUUAUGCUAACGUGAUUGGAGGUAUCGUAAAGUGAAAACUUUUCUAUCAGUUUAGGCUGAACCAAUAAAAAUAAUUAGAUUAAAGAGAACAUAAACAGCUACUUUUGAGAGGUGUGCACUUGAGUUUGUCUAGUUCUGCUGUAGCGCCGAAAAGUUUUAAAAAAUCAGAGAAAGCAAUCAGUGUACAAAGUGUUCCGGUGCCAAACAGAUGCAAUUAUGUACCUGGUGAGAAGGUGUACGAUUCUGCUAGUGAUCCUCGGCUGCGGUCUACUAUCUGUGUCAAUACCUGAAGUCCGUGGUCAUUCCAUCCCGACAACAUCCGUUCGCGGUUUUGAUGGAGAAUCCGCUCCGAAUAUUGUUGAAACUGCAGGGCCGCAACUCAGUGACAGUGAAAACACCAAGCUUAGUGCCAGUGAACUUUACCUGCGACCACAACCAAGAAGGUUGAACCUAGAUCGAAUGGAUUCGUUUUCGGAACCAAGCGCGAGUGAAAUCAUCAGAAACAAGCGGUGGAAAUUGCAACAAAUUACACCACCGGGACGAAGUCGGAUUAACAAUCGGUCGAUGCCAUCAUUUGACGAGAUGGAGAGCAACGACGCCAUGGAGCUCGAUGAAACCGCUAGUCGAAAGGAUAGCGCACAACUAGCUCGUCGGAACUACAGAACAAUCGAGUCCGACAGUAGUGAAUCGGAUAGUAUAACCGAUCUGGUGACACGAGCGGCGAGGUCAACUGACCUCGAGAAAUACUUAUAUCGAUUUGUUCUGGAUUCGGAUCUAGCGGAUGUCAUGGACGACAGCGACAAGGACUUUGAGGACGACGACGACACCGAUGACCCCAACCCGGAGGCUCGUUUUAAGAAGAAGAAAAAGUUCCACCUGAAGCACAAAUUGAAAAAAUACCUGCUCCCACUGCUAUUGGCCUACAAGCUCAAGUUCAUGAUGAUGUUCCCGGCGAUGGUCGGCGGGCUGAUACUACUGGUGAAGGCCGCCGGUUUGGCCGGCUUUUUCUUCGCCCUGUUCGCGUCGGUUGUCAGCUUGCAGAAACAUUAGCAGGAAUCAAUCAAUGAACAAAGCGGCGUGGCGUGGUGGUGGCAACGUGAAGCAGCGAAUGGACGGAUUGAGUGUGUGUAAUGUGUAUGAUCUAGCCAAUGUUUUUGGGUGUUUGUCAAAAAUGGACGAAAGAAAAAAGUCUGAUGAACGUGGUACGCGUAACGAAUCGUGGAGCAAGCCAACCGAGUAGAACAGCGUGAGAGUGAAAGAUGCCGAGGAUAAUAGUAUCGCAGUCAGCGUAAAAUUGAGACGACCUUGAUUGGGGGCAUAACCGUCGAAACGGAAAAUAUUCAUCCAAUUUGUUGUUGUUGUUUGAAUUCUGUAGUAUUAUUGUUCGAGAGCUAAUUUAUUGAGUGCCGGUGCCCAUAGUAAGGUACCUGUAAUGUGAAGGCGUGAUUUCAGAGUAUUCACCAGUAAUGGUCACAAUUUGUCUAGUUUUAACGCAGUAUAGGUUAUUUAUUGUCGACAAUGUUUUAUAGAAAUAUAAAAGUUGACCAUGUAAAUGUAGAUAAUUUAUUAAACGAAUACUUUUUCCAAA